AUGGUAGCCUAUAAACAAAACAAAGUGGUGAAAUGUCUCCAACACCAGGUAUUCAACGUGACCCAGAGGAGAGUUCAGUGCCGUCUUCCACUCGUCACCCUGCCGAGUCCUGACGAGGUGGUAGGCGUUGCGCUGGUCGAGUUUAGGCCUGGAACGGUUGUAGACGGCUCCACGGUAAAGGGGGCCCCAGGAAACAUCCCACUAGCACAGUCCAGCCCAGUCUCACGGCAGUUCUUUGAUGUUGCCAAUCAGUCUGCAGGCAGAGGAGAACCCAGGCAGGACCGGGACCCGAGGCGACCCGACAGAGGAGAAUCCAGGCAGGCCCGGGACCCGAGGCGAGCCGGCAGAGGAGAAUCCAGGCAGGACCGGGACCCGAGGCGAGCCGGCAGAGGAGAAUCCAGGCAGGACCGGGACCCGAGGCGAGCCGGCAGAGGAGAAUCCAGGCAGGACCGGGACCCGAGGCGAGCCGGCAGAGGAGAAUCCAGGCAGGACCGGGACCCGAGGCGAGCCGGCAGAGGAGAAUCCAGGCAGGACCGGGACCCGAGGCGAGCCGGCAGAGGAGAAUCCAGGCAGGACCGGGACCCGAGGCGACCCGACAGAGGUGAAUCCAGGCAGGACCGGGACCCGAGGCGAGCCGGCAGAGGAGAAUCCAGGCAGGACCGGGACCCGAGGCGAGCCGGCAGAGGAGAAUCCAGGCAGGACCGGGACCCGAGGCGAGCCGACAGAGGUGAAUCCAGGCAGGACCGGGACCCGAGGCGAGCCGGCAGAGGAGAAUCCAGGCAGGACAGGGACUCGAGGCAAGCCGGCAGAGGUGAAUCCAGGCAGGACCGGGACCCGAGGCGAGCCGGCAGAGGUGAAUCCAGGCAGGACCGGGACCCGAGGCGAACCGACAGAGGUGAAUCCAGGCAGGACCGGGACCCGAGGCGAGCCGGCAGAGGAGAAUCCAGGCAGGACCGGGACCCGAGGCGAGCCGGCAGAGGAGAAUCCAGGCAGGACCAGGACCCGAGGCGAGCCGGCAGAGGUGAAUCCAGGCAGGACCAGGACCCAAUGCGAGCCGGCAGAGGAAAAUCCAGGCAGGACCAGGACCUGAGGCGAGCCAACAGAGGUGAAUCCAGGCAGGACCAGGACCCAAUGCGAGCCGACAGAGGACAAUCCAGGCAAUCCAGAUCUGGACGGAGAGACUGAGAGACGCAGCUCUCCUUCAUCCCUCCAUCUUCUUCCUCCUCUUCCUCUUCUUCCUCCUCCUCUUCUUCUCCUCCUUCAGUCCAAAACCAAAAC